UUUCACAAAUGCGAUAUUUUAAUUUAACUUGCCUACUUUAUAAGCACAACAUUAGAUAUUUAACUAAAAUGCCUUCUGAUAAAAAUACAAAAGAAGUAAAAGAUCCUGAAAUUACUUUAACAAAGGAAUACUAUUUGAAUUUGACUCCUAAUAAUAAAAGAAAAUUUUAUAAGUGCAAGAAUGAAUAUGUGGAACCAAAAUCUUUAAUAAGCUGGGCAGAAUUAGAUUUACCAGAUACAAAUGACAAAAUAAACUCACACUACAAGAUAUUUCCAGAAAUAAACUCAAAAAUUUACAUAUACAAGGGCGAUAUAACGACAUUAGAAAUUGAUUGUAUAGUGAAUGCAGCUAAUAAAUCCUUGACGGGAGGUGGAGGGGUAGAUGGAGCUAUUCAUUUAGCUGCUGGACCAGACCUAAAAUCAGAGUGCUUGCUCCUGGGCGGUUGCGAGAUGGGUGAUGCCAAAAUAACGGGUGGUUAUAACCUGCCAGCUAAGUACGUCAUCCAUACUGUGGGCCCGAUUGGAGAAAACCCCCAAAAAUUGGCCCAAUGCUAUCAAAAUUGCUUGAAUUUGAUGAGGUCCAAAAAUCUGAAAUCCAUAGCCUUUCCUUGCAUUUCCACGGGCGUCUAUGGUUACCCGAACGAAAACGCUUGCCAAAUAGCUCUCAACACAGUCCGACUUUGGUUAGAAACCGACCGGGGCUACAUGGACGUUGAUAACGUUAUUUUUUGCUUGUUUCUUCAGAUUGACUUUGACGCCUACUACAAAUACAUGCCUGCAUAUUUUCCCAAAUGAGGGAGUUCAAAAUUAGAUAAUGGAGCAGCGCGAUUAUUAUUUAUUUAUAAUACAAUAUACGAACUAUUUAUUUUAUUUCUAAAUUUAAAAAUAAGGAAAGCAAAAAUUUUUCCUAAUUACAUAUAAAUAAAUGACUAAAGUUAUCAU